CUAUGACAUGGCUAUUACAAUUGGUAAGAGGAAACGAGAGGUAGGAUCCUCAAAGCCGAGAAAAGCUACCCAGGUGGAAGAAUCGGACUCAUCGGCUGCCGAAGAAGAGGCGAGAUUAAAAGCAAUUUUCAGGCGACACUUCGAAGCCCAAUUCAAACCGUUGCCCGAAUCAAAACUGCACAAUCAGUCAGUCGAGGUCGUCCCAGACGCAGAGAAUGAAAAUGAGGAUGACUGGCAAGGCUUUUCUUCCGAGGAGGAGAGCACACCUGUCCAAGUUGUGGAGUAUAAUGAAAUGAAAGUGGACCGCGGUCUCGAUGCAACGGUGUCCAAGAAAGAACUGAAGGCGUUCCUUUCUGGAAAGGUUCCCACGAAGGCUGUGGAAGGGCAGAACAAGACGAAGCGAACCACCGAAAAGGAUGACGAGGGCGACGAGGACGACCAAAUGAAUCUCAAGAACGACUUGGCAUUGCAGCGCCUACUCUCCGAGUCGCAUCUUCUGGACUCGACACAGGCACAAGCUUCGUUUGAGGCUACAGGAAAGAAUCGCUUGCGCGCCUUGGAUCUUAGAAUGCAGACAUUGGGCGCAAAGUCGAGCGUGUUCGACGGUGGAAAGAUGCCCAUGAACAUGCGAAAGGGUAUCCUUGCGCACCGAGCAGCCGCAGAGAACAAGCGCAGGAAGGAAGCAAAAGAGAAUGGCAUCAUCUUAGAGAAGGAAAAGAAACAGAAAGCACAUGCGGGCAAGAGAGAGAGGGGAGUAGGGGGUCCAUCUGUGGGCAAAUAUAAAGGUGGCAUGCUCACGUUGAGUAAGCGGGAUGUGAGGGCUAUAGAAGGACCGAAGAAUAUCAAGUCUGGUGGAAGAAAGAAACAAAGGAGAUAGAUGAUACCCAGAGAUAGCAAUGAGAUCAUGAAUUUAGACGUGUUGUAUUCUUG